AGCCGCCUCAGACCACUCCCUCCCUGGGAACGGAAGAGCAGUCGAGUCUUGACUUGUCACAGAUUUGCCAUCAGACGCAGUUUUCUUCCCUUCUCUUUGCCUCAGUCAGUACUCUGCGCCCGGCAGAGAAUGGCGGAGGCGAGCGCACUUGAAGAACUUCACUCGGAACUGACCUGCCCGGUGUGUUUGGAGCUGUUCCGCGACCCGGUGAUCCUCGAGUGCGGACACCACUUCUGCCAGGUGUGCAUCAUCCAGUGCUGGGAGGCCAAGGCGGACGAGCUGUGCACUUGUCCCAAGUGUCGAAAGUCGUGCGGCCGCAGACUGCGGCCCAACUCGCUGCUGUGCAACGUUGUGGACAGUGUGCGCAGGGCGCGCGCCAUGGACACGGCCGCCGACGUCACCGGGUGGGACCUGGAGCGCGCGCUGGAGGAGCCGGAGGAGCGCGAGCCCGGCUCCAGCAUGAGCAGCGUGGCGUCGUCCGUCGGGCCCUGGUCGCGUCUGGGCAUGGACAUGUGCGAGGAGCAUGAGGAGAAGCUGAAGCUCUACUGUGAAGACGACCAGCUCCCCAUCUGUCUGGUGUGCGGCAUGUCCCGGGACCACAAGACCCACAACGUCAUCCCUAUAACCGAGGCUUUUGAAAACUACAAGCAUAAACUGUCUGUGGCCCUGGAGAGUGUUCAGCUGCAGACGGAGGAGGCCACGCUCUUCCAAAAACAGACAAAUGAGAAGACCCUGCUCAUUAAGGAGCGAGCAGCAGAUCUGGACGAACUGGUCUCUGCAGAGUUCGGACGUCUGAGGGAGUUUCUCUUGCAGGAGGAGGAGCUCAUAAAGGAGAAGCUGCAGAAACAGAAAGAGGAGAAGCUCAACCAGCUGGAGGAGGCGCUCACGCAGGCGACGGAGCAGGUCAGCGAAUUGGAAAGCAUGGCUGACCAGCUUCACCUCAAACUGGGGGAAGAAGAAAACCCGGAGCAGCUCAAGGGAAUCAAAGAUUUUAUUGGAGGGGCUGAGAGCUUGUUUGAGUGCCCUCCAGAAGUGGGUGUUGAUCUGCAGUCAGGAGACUUUCUGGGACCUCUGCAGUACAAGAUCUGGAGGAAGAUGAGCUCCAUUUUCCAGCCAGCAGUCACAGCGGUGACCCUCAACCCGGACACGGCCUAUCCCUGCCUGUGGGUUUCCCCUUGUCUCACCAGUGUCCAGGUGGGCCCCCUCCAGCCCAACCUGCCCAACAACCCGGAGCGCUUCACCCGCUACAACAUCGUCCUGGGCUCCGAAGCCUUCUCCUCCGGCAGACACUACUGGGAGGUGGUGGUGGGCUCCAAGACUGCGUGGGGUCUCGGUGUGGCCACAGCCUCGGUCAACAGGAAGGAGGAGAUCAGCCUCUGCCCAGAAGACGGUUUCUGGACCUUUGUGCUGAGGGACAAAGGCAACGGGACCAGUGAGUACGAAGCAUGCACCGACUCAGAGGACAGCUUGGUAUAUCUCGCCAAACCCCCCAGGAGGGUGGGGAUCUAUCUGGACUACGGUCGAGGUGAAGUGGCAUUUUACGAUGCAGGAGACAUGAACCACCUCUUCACCUUCUAUGAUGCGAAAUUUAAUGAGCCUGUUUUCCCGUACUUUAAUCCCUGGCCGAUUAUCAACGGACACAACCGGGAGCCGCUCACCAUAGUAACACCAUACUGGGGAUAGAUGCUCUUUUUAUAAAGACGACUGACAUUCUGCAUCGACAGAUUCAGAAUCAAUUCAGAAUUCAACCGCUGAUGACAUCAAAUGGACUUAUUCAUGAGCUUUCACAUGUCUGCCUUGUUGUAGAGAUUUUGCUGAAUUAAUAAUGUGGUGAUGAUGAACAUUCAGGUAAUUAUAACAUUCUUGGAAGACAAAAAAAGAAGAUGAAACUAGUUUAGGACAAGACAAAUGACACUAUAAAGGACAUGGCUGGCAAUAUUCCACAUCCUUGUUAUUGUCAACAUGUUCCCAUGAAAUGACCAUGAAAAGGGGCCAUAAAAAACAAUGAAUAUAUUCUUCCAAGUAUUUUCUGUUUAACCAAAACCCAAUAAAGUUCCUUCCUCCGUUCAAUAAAACCUCCAUUGUUCAAUAUCUAUUAAACACAAUGAGCCACUCUGUUGCUCUGGAUUACAUGGUCCAUUAUAAAUGCACACAUCUGCACACACACACACACAUACACACUGUAGUUUUAUUUUCUGUAAAUCCCACUAACAUCCUUCUCCUGCCAUAAAUACUCACCAAAGCACCAAAUGUGUUUUAAUCCAUGGCUGAAAAUAGUCCUGUAGAAAUGACCCAUUUCCUCCUUUUUGAGUAAGGUUUACUAAAUACCACAGUGUGCAGCGGUUGGAGGGAUUGACUCACUCUUUUUUUAAUGGAUUUAUUUAUUCGUAGCUGGUUUCCCAAUAUUAACAUAUUCUGCGUAAUCUGCUAAAGAAAUUUAUUGGGUUUGGUGACAAACAGCCAAAUGAGUACAAUGGGUUGUGGGCCUGUCAGCGAAAUAUCGAGGAAAGGGAGAGUCCACUUGUUGACCAAAAAGGGGGAAGAAAGGGCGACUCCACUUAACCCUAAAGGUGCCAACACUCCCUCGACCCACCAGGCAGUAACUCUUUUCUCAGGUGCGCUAUAAGGGAGAUUAACAUCUAAUCCAUUUAUUAAUGGUUCUGGUCUUUUCAGGGGUUUUGUUGAUGAUAAGAAAAUAUACAGACUAUCUUGAUUUAAAAAAAAUGGGUUAAGCAUAGACAUUAAUUGUGAAAAAUGUUAACAAAGACUUUUUGGUAGAGUCCUGGCAGAAAGGUUUUAAUUUUUGGAAUAAUCAGUUUUGCUGAAAUAUCUUACUGCACUUUUUUGAACAGAUCAAACAAUUUUUAAAAGAAUAUAUUUUUUUGCUGCUUUUAUAUAUUUUUUAUCAUCUUUGUAAUUACAUGUACAUCUAAAGCAGUAUCUAUAGACAAUUCAAAACAAGUACUUUUUUCUUAACAUUGACUCUUCCAUCCCAUCACAGUUGUCCAACUCUAAAAUGUAAUUUACAAAUACAUUAUCUUGUUUUUGUUGCAUCCGGCUAAAGAUCGGAGUAAAACACUGUCCAUGUAUUUGGCAGGAGAGUUUAAUUAAAUGAUUAAAUGUC